AUGAAGCCGCAGCCCUUGCUCACGCGUCGGCUCUUCCGUGCCAUCCUUGCGAACCGGCCAUAUCACACAGCAACAUGCCCCCGACGAACCGUUAAUGCACGCCGCACCGUUGUGCCAGCUCUCCAACCGUCCCAAUCCUCCCAACGACGCAAUCUCUUCGGCCUGUCGCUAGGCUCGACCGUGAAGCAGCUGGCUGGAGCAAAGCCCACGGUCAAGAACAUCGAGGCUGCUCUAAUCAAGCUCUCGGACUAUGUCAAGGCGGCCCGAGACCAAUCUCGACCACCGUCAAAUAAAGACCUAGUCGAUGCAUUUCACUUUCUCACUCAAACAAGAGCUGGACAGGGCAAGCCAUUGACAAAAAGUGAGGUGUACUUGACGACAGAAGCGUUUCGAUAUUUCAUCGACCAGGGGCUCUUCCUCGAAAAUGACGGCACAUUGUCGAGUACCGAAUCCAAGCAACGAAUCUCUGGAGAGGAUCUGCUGAACACCCUCACUGCACUUGUUCAGCCGGAUGGACAAGAAGACAACAGAACCGAGAAUAUUGCCCUCGCCCAGCUGGUGAUCGAUCAGUAUCGGCAGCAUGGAUAUACUUCCGAUUCAAAUGAAACAGAAUCUGCUUUACAAACCUUUCUGGCCGUGCUCGCUACCAAUGGUCAAGCCGAGCGCGCGUAUCGGGAACUUAAUCUGGUGAACAUCGAUGUUGAAUCUCGGAAUGACACCUGGUGCCGAGUUGUGCGUGGUCUUUAUGCUGAAGGUCGUCUGAAGAAAUUCUGGGAUGCGAUAGUGGAUCCCUGUCCACGCGGAAUCAUGGACAAUUCAGUAUAUGAAAGCCUCGUGUCAUACUUGGCUGUUCGCCACGACGUCGAAGCAGCGCACCGCAUUUUUACCAUGCACCAGAACGACCUCAAACACGGCAAUACCACCAUUGAAUCCCAGAUUCAAGACUCCACCCUUCUACAGCUGUUGCGCUCCUGUGUGCAGACCAAUCAACUGAAGCUCGGAGAGGAAGUCGCGGAAGUCUUGCAGACUCUUGACCGUCAGGAUGCUAUCCACGAUUCGCCCAAUCUGGUUGUCCGAGGGCUGCUUCUUUGGCAUGCCGCUACUGGUGCAGACGUCCAACAGCUGGAGAAGCUGCUCAUGGGUUACCUCGAGAGAUACACCGACUCGCUGGAUGUAGAUAUGAUCAUCUUCAAUGAGCUCGUGGCCCAUGCCUACUCGAAAGCCGACCCCGCACGGGCCGAUAGCUACAUUCAACUUGCGCAGACGUUGGGCGUCGUACCAGAUGCACAUACCUACGCACUGAAGCUUGACUAUGAGCUGUCAGUCAGCGAGCUGGAUGCAGCACGAGCAACGUUCGAAGGCUUGACAAUCCAAGAUGUGCCGGCAGAAAGAGUUGAUGUGCCAGUACUGAACAGGUACAUUACCAAGCUAGCGUCAACUCGGAUCGAUGAUCUGCCGCUCAUGACACGAGUGGCAGACCGCAUCACUGAGACCGAUGCGGAUCUCAGCGUUGGCGCCCUGGCUGCCCUGACGUCUGUCUUUUUGCACAAGAACGAGGUACACGAGAUAACGAAUUUGCUUCGUUAUCGCAUCGAAAACCUCCCGUCCAAAGAGCGUGCCAGUAUCGCCCAAGUCUUCAAAGAUUUCAUCCUCGACCUCAAUGUCAAGGAGCAACGAGCGUUCAAUGCAUAUGAAUUACUCAGAGCCGCUUUUCCAGAAACGACACCCGCCGAGCGACUGGAGAUUAUGGAUUCGUUUUUCAGUCGAAAGAAGUCCGACCUCGCCUGCCUUGUUUUCGGUCAUAUGCGACAGAGAGACGAGAUCGAAAAUCGACCAAAUGAUGCAGCGUACGCGCAGUGCUUCUACGGGAUUGCGAGCUGUCGAGACGUUGACGGUUUACAAAUGAUAUACAAUAUGCUCAAGAUGGAUAUCUACGUGGAGCAGACUACGAAGAUUCACAAUGCCAUGAUGGCGGCGUACGCAGCGUGUCAGACGCCAUUCACUGCCAUUAUUGAUCACUAUUGGAAGAUCAUAGAUUCCCGAGAGGGCCCCACCCUCAGUACCUUCAAACUCGCGCUGCGAGCUUGUGAAACUUGGAUCGGCGCCGGUGGUGAAGAGGCUCGUCGGAUUAUGGCUCUGAUGCAGAAGUGGGACUUGAUCAUCACAAAAGAUGUCUAUCAUUGUUACAUUGGUGCUCUAGCAGGGCAAAGCCAAUUCGAGAAUGCUAUCGAGCUCGUUGAGCACAUGCAAGAGGACAUUGGCGAAGCGCCAGAUGCCACAACGAUAGGCGUCCUCUACAACGCUGUUCCCUGGCAAUACCGAAAAGACGAGGUUGAAGCUUGGGCGAGGAAAAGAUAUCCAGACCUGUGGGAGGAACUAGUCUCGUAUGGCGACGAGAUCGACGAGGAAUGGGAAGUGCGCUACUUCAAUGUCAAUAGAGAUAUUGACGUGGAUGACGAACUGUUGUUCGGCCGGGGUGAAUACUUGCCGAUGCUGGCCGAGCAAGCACGUCUUGGGCUGCCCUCGCCAGAUGACCCAGAUGCGCAUCAGAGCUAG